CAGCGGUGACCUUCUUCAGGAAGAGGGCGUCGGCCCGGCAGCUGGUGGCGGAGGAGGAGAGCGCGAGGAGAGCUGCUCGCGCAUAAGAGCGGGGUCCUGAAAGGCGCGCGAGCGAUGCGAGUGCUGGGCUGAGGGGGGAGCAGAGCACGAGAGACCGAGCGAGGGGGAGCAGCCACAGCACGAACACCUUCCGGAGCCGUCUGAAGCCGCGCAGCAGCAUGUCGGUGUUGGCCCUGCAGGAGUAUGAGUUCGAGCGGCAGUUCAACGAGGAGGAAGCCAUCCGGUGGAUGCAGGAGAACUGGAAGAAGUCCUUUCUGUUCUCUGCUCUCUACGCCGCCUGCAUCCUGGGGGGGCGCCAUGUCAUGAAACAAAGGGAGAAGUUUGAGCUGAGGAAACCACUGGUGCUGUGGUCGCUCACACUGGCAGUUUUCAGCAUCUUUGGUGCCAUACGAACUGGAAGCUACAUGAUGCUCAUCCUGAUGUCCAAAGGGCUCAAACAGUCGGUGUGUGACCAGAGCUUCUACAACGGACCCGUCAGCAAGUUCUGGGCGUACGCCUUUGUCCUGAGUAAAGCGCCGGAGCUGGGUGACACGCUCUUCAUCGUUCUGAGGAAGCAGAAGCUCAUCUUCCUCCACUGGUACCACCACAUCACCGUGCUGCUCUACUCCUGGUACUCCUACAAAGACAUGGUGGCCGGCGGCGGAUGGUUCAUGACCAUGAACUACCUGGUGCACGCCGUCAUGUACUCGUACUACGCCCUGCGGGCGGCCGGCUUUAAAGUGUCGCGCAAGUUCGCCAUGUUCAUCACGCUGACCCAGAUCACCCAGAUGCUGAUGGGCUGCGUGGUCAACUACCUGGUGUACUCGUGGAUGCAGCAGGGCCAGGAGUGUCCGUCCCACAUGCAGAACAUUGUGUGGUCCUCCCUCAUGUACCUCAGCUACUUUGUGCUCUUCGUCCAGUUCUUCUUUGAAGCCUAUGUCGGAAAUGCAAAGUCGUCUGUCGCCCGCGGCAGCAAGAAGAGCGAGUAGAAGCCGACCAGAGUGGCGGCGACGGCGAGGCGGAAGCUGGGAAUCGAAGAAGGAGCUGUGAAGCCAGAGGAGGGGGAGGGGGGUUGUGCUUGAGCAUAACAACUAAUGUGCAGAUCUAAAAGAAAAAGAGGAACUCACUGAGGGGGGGCAGCACAUGAUCAAAGCCAUCAGAAGCUCCGCCCCCUCCCCGUUUCAGCUUAGAUUUAGUACUUUAUGAAACCUAACAUGUAAAAAAAGAAAAAAAAAAAAUGGGAUCAAAUCCUUCACAUCUGCCAGAAGCUACUUUAUUUAUUAUUUACCAAAUAGUAGGUACAUAUGAAGGUGGAUGUGUGACCUUUGACCGGUCCUGCCCUCUGUCUGUGCUCGUUUUGUUUGGGCGGGGUGAUCAGGCUGUUCCUAUCAAUUACAUGCAUAUCAAGACAAAGUAGACGUGUUUAACAUCUGAGUUGAUGAGAGGUGUGAGCGACGGAAUGAAGUCGGGCGGACAGACUGACGGACGAGCGCGCUGCGCCUGAGCAUGACUGGAAACACGCCGCCCUGCUUGUCUUGACCGCACUUGAGAUGUACGAGCUGCCACUGAUUCCCAAACACUUCUGUGUCUUAAAGGAACAGCAGUCCGUUGGACCCUGAAGGCUGAAAUGGAGGACAAACAUUUUUAUGUCUAGCAAAGGAAAAAAAAAACAAACAAAAAUUGUCAAAAUCUGCUGUAUUGAGAAAAAUCUGAUGUAUCUGUAAUGGCGUCUUGUGCUUUUUGUGCAUUUUCACUGUAUCAAUGUCAGAAAACAACAGAGAACCUGGGUGUAUGCAGAACCGUGACAUGCCUGUGGUGUUCUUUUGCUGCCAUCCUGUCAUUAAAAUGCAUAAUCGGUCUCUUGGUGCUGAAGGUCAAAAACACAAAUAAAGGGUGUACAGCCACGCUGGCAGUUGUCGGAGUGAGAA